UAUCAAAUCCGUCGAUCCAAUCCCAGUUUUAAUAAACCAAAAAAUCCCUAUCAAAAUAUUAGAAAAAAAAGGCUCAAACUUUAUCCCCUGCCUGCCUGUCUUAGGGUUCUUUUUCGUCUCACAAAUCCAACCCAAAGACAGCAGCUUGGCCGAAACCAUGGUGGAUUCUUGUACCCCAACCACUGUACAGUUCUUCUCACCAGUUUUUCAAUCGUCAGCUUAGCGGAAAAACCUCACACAGAUUUCAGCUUACAAGGGUUUUUGCUCCUCUGUUUUUAGAUUCAAAUUUUGCUUCGGAGAUUCGGUUCCUGAUUAAUUUUUAGGGUUUACUGGGUUCUGUUCAGUUUUCGCGUUCUUUGAUUACAUUUGAAUAUCUAUAUCUAUAUAUAUAUACGUAUAUAUACUGGAUAUAUAGGAGAAAUAGUGUAGGAAAUGGAGGGGUUUGAAAGUAGGGGUAGUAUUCAAGAGGCUGCCUCUUCUAUCCCGCAAGAUCUCAACCAAUUGCAGCUUAAUUCCUCAGGAGAGGUAUUCGACGCAUCGCAGUAUGCAUUUUUUGGUAAAGAUUCUGUUGAGGAAGUUGAAUUGGGAGGUUUAGAUGAAGAGGAGGCUCCAGUUGGGUUUGAUGAGGAGGAGUUUCUGUAUAAUAGACAAGAGGUUGACAUAUCUCUAUCUGAUAUUGAUGACCUAUCAUUAACCUUUGAAAAGUUAAACAAGGAUGUUAGUGGAACUAGGAGUGCUGGAGUAAUUGGUGAUAGAGGAUCCAGAGAAAGUUCAUCUGCUGCUGAGUGGGCGCAGGAGCAUUUUCCUAACUGGAUUGAUGAAGAGAUACUUGAUGCUGAAAGCACUCAGGAUGGGAAACGAUGGUCUUCACACCCAUAUUCUUCAGCUCGUCCAGCAGACUCGAUGCCUUUGUAUAGAACUUCUUCAUAUCCUGAGCCCCAACAACAGCAGCUGCAGCAGCAGCAGCAUCAACAUUUUUCCAGUGAACCAAUUCUGGUGCCGAAAUCAGCUUUCACUUCUUAUCCACCUCCAGGUGGCAGACCUCAGCAGGCUUCGCCAAACCGCCAAGCAAGCCACCUGAACCCAUAUCUUUCUGGUGGGCCCCAGGGGGGGUUGUCUUCACCAAACCUAUCUCCUUACUCUAGCUCUCAACUUCAACUGAAUGGAUUACCUCAUGUAUCGCAUUUUGGUGGAAAUUUGCCUCAGCUUAACCCUGGUCUCUCUAAUAGCCGACCCCAAAAGCAAUGGGCCAAUCAAAGUGGUGUUUAUGGAGAUCAUCCGGGUCUUAUGAACAAUUUGUUGCAACAACAGCUAGCUCAUCAGAAUGGUUUAGUGCCUCCACAAUUGAUGCAUCAGCAACAGUCACAACCACAGGAUCCUAGACUGCAUCAUCCAGUUCAGCCAUCAUUUGCUAAUUUGUCGGUAAUGCAGUCUCAACUGUUUAACCCCCAUCUUUCUGCAUCCCCGCCCUUGGUGAGCAAGUUUGAAGCAAUGCUUGGUAUGGGUGAUCUUGGAGAUCAAAGGCCAAAAUCAGCUCAGAAAGUUAGACCGAAUAUGCGUUUUUCUCAAUAUGGAUUUGAUACAGGUAGCCACAGGAGGGAAGGUGGGUGGCCACAAUUUAGGUCCAAGUAUAUGACAGCUGAUGAAAUUGAAAAUAUACUCCGAAUGCAGCUAGCUGCAACACACAGCAAUGACCCAUAUGUCGAUGAUUACUACCACCAGUUUUGCCUUUCAAGAAAAUCUGCUGGGGCCAAGUUGAAACACCAUUUCUGCCCAACUCAAUUAAGGGAUCUUCCUCCUCGAGCACGAGCUAAUACUGAACCACAUGCUUUUCUCCAGGUUGAUGCUCUUGGGAGAGUCCCCUUCUCCUCAAUACGGAGGCCUCGCCCUCUUCUUGAAGUUGAGCCUCCAAAUUCAUCUAGCCCUGGCAACACUGAACAAAAGGUUUUUGAGAAGCCGCUAGAGCAGGAGCCAAUGCUUGCUGCUAGGGUUGCAAUUGAGGAUGGGCUUUGUCUUCUCCUGGAUGUGGAUGACAUUGAUCGUUUUCUACAAUUCAAUCAACUCCAAGAUGGUGGAACCCAAGUGAGGCGUCGGCGGCAGGCCUUGCUUGAAGGACUUGCAGGAUCUCUUCAAUUAGUUGACCCACUUGGCAACAAUGGCCCCACGGUUGGGCUUCAUAAGGAUGAUCUUGUAUUUCUAAGGUUAGUCUCACUUCCCAAGGGCCGGAAGCUCCUGGCAAAGUACCUGCAGCUUUUAUUUCCCGGUGGUGAGCUCAUGCGAAUAGUCUGUAUGGCCAUCUUUCGUCAUUUAAGGUUCUUGUUUGGUAGCUACCCUUCUGAUCCAGUGGCUGCAGAAACUACAAAUAUUCUUGCAAGGGUUGUUUCAUCAUGUGCUCGAGGUAUGGACCUUGGUGCACUUAGUGCCUGUCUUGCAGCAGUGGUUUGUUCCUCAAAGCAACCCCCGCUUCGCCCCCUUGGAAGCCCUGCAGGAGAUGGGGCCUCUCUUAUCCUCAAUUCAGUUCUUGAGAGGGCAACUGAACUCUUAACUGAUCCUCAUGCUGCAAGCAACUACAAUAUGACCAAUCGGCAACUUUGGCAGGCCUCCUUUGAUGAAUUCUUUGGCCUUCUGACCAAGUACUGUGUAAAUAAAUAUGAAACUGUAAUGCAGUCACUGCUAAUGCAGGCCCCUCCGAAUGUGGCUAUUAUUGGCUCAGAUGCAGCCAGGGCAAUUGGUCGUGAAAUGCCAGUUGAACUGUUGCGUGCGAGCCUUCCUCACACUGAUGAGCAUCAGAGGCAGCUGUUGUUGGACUUCACGCAGCGGUCUAUGCCCAUAGGAUCAUCUAGCAGUGGUGAUGGGGGAAAUGGUUCUCACAUGAAUUCAGAGUCUGUGCUGAGUUGAUGCUAAACCAUGUGGAGAACCAAGAAGCAGAAUUUCGAGAAAGAAAAGGAAUGAGAAGACAUUCUAUUGGAUUGCGAAAUUAUUGGGUUCUUUUCUACUUGUGCUUUUACUUGUGAGCAAAUGCAACAUCUUAAGCGAAUAAAGUGGGUGUUUAAGAGCAUAUAUAUGGUUCGGGUAAGUUUAGUAGUUUAGCGUCGUAUGUUAUAUUUUACUUAUUUCCAUGCUUAUCUUGAAAAACUUGUAAGCAAGCCUCUCUUUGUAAUCCCUUCAAAUCCCGAGGGAUGGUUUUCCUAUUUUUUUUUAAUGUUUAGGAGGGGGAAUUGGCGGAGUAGAUAUAUUUCCUCAACUUAGGAGCUUAUUUUGAUGCUCUGUUGUGGAAUUUUAAAAAUAGAGAUGUAGGAGGGCUUUUAUUAUGAUGCUCUGUUGUGGUAUCUUUAAAAAGACAUGUAGGAGGAGGAGGAGGAGGAGAGGGGUUUAUGUACAGCUUUCGGUUCUGUUGAUCUCCCACAUUCUUGCAAGGAAAAGGGUGUGACCCGGUGCACCCAACUUUUGCUGAUGCGGGGUUAGGGAAGGCAGAUGAUGCAGUGACAGCCACUCCGGACAGAUUGCUUUCGCGACUUGAAUCGACAAUUCUUAGUUAAUUUUCGGGCCAGUCUUCCAUUAUGAAGGCUCGCAUUCGUUUACUAAUAUUAGUAUUGAAGAAUGUUGGAUGUAGUAUUUGUUAUGGUUGUGUUCGAUUCUUCUACAGUAAUGGCAUCAGGGGCCGAUGCAGAUAAGGGUUCUCGUCUUCUACACGUAGUAUGUUUUUUCUGUGGGUUGAGUUUUGAACUUGAAAAACAGUAUGUUCCAUUUGGUUGGUGCUCUCUGUAGAUGCCCUGUAAACUCAUUGUUUCAGUUGACUAUUAAGUUCUUGCAUCUUAUUAGGCUGUGGGCGGCCGGGUAAUAUGUCGCCAUCUUGUACUCUUUUCGUGCGAUAUAUCUCCUGUUACACCUAGAA